UGACGUUAGCCUCACGCUAGCAGGCAGCGAGGUAGAUAUCGAAGGAGGCUAAAGGGUACAGGUGUUACAGGAGUGGCUAUAACGUUAGUUCAACUUUAAACGUAAAUAUAGCUGGACGAGUUACGUGUGGUAACGUUACAAUGUUCAACUUGAUUAAGUCCAAGGCACUAAACGUGUCGUGGCAAUGCUGUGGAGCCACAACAACUCAAUUCAAUGUUAAAAGACUAGCAGGAAUGACCCUAUCACGGAGACUAGAAUCAAGCAGCGCUAGGGAAGAGGUUUAUGAUAUAAUCAUAUCAGGAGGAGGAAUGGUGGGAACUGCAAUGGCCUGCUCCCUAGGUAUGGAUGCAAAUUUGGAAGGGAAAAAGAUUCUCCUGCUUGAGGCGGGCCACAAGAAAGAGAUGGAUAAGCCUCCUGAGACUUACAGCACAAGAGUCAGCUCAAUCAGUCCUGGUUCAGCCACACUCCUCAGUGGUCUUGGGGCAUGGGAUCAUGUCAUGAACAUGAGAUGCAAGCCCUAUCAGAGAAUGCAGGUUUGGGAUGCAUGCUCAGAUGCCCUCAUCACAUUUGAGAAGGAGAACUUGCAAGAAGAGAUGGCUUACAUUGUGGAGAAUGACAUAAUUGUGGCUGCCCUUACUAAACAGCUGCAGACCCUGACAAAUAAUGUUGAUGUGAGAUACAAAACCAAGGUGGUAAAGUAUAAUUGGCCAAAGUGUUAUCAAAUGGCUGACUCCAACCCCUGGGUGCAGGUCUCACUGGCCAGUGGAGAGGUUCUGCAAACGAAGCUUCUAAUCGGGGCUGAUGGACCAAACUCCAUGGUGUGCCGAGAGGCUGGGAUCCCUAAAGUAAAGUGGAAUUAUGAUCAGUCUGCAGUUGUGGCCGUACUUCAACUGUCAGAGCCAACAGAAAACAAUGUUGCUUGGCAGAGGUUCUUGCCAACCGGACCUAUAGCUUUGCUUCCCCUUUCCAACACUGAGAGUUCCCUGGUCUGGUCCACCAGCCAUCAGCAUGCAGAAGAUCUUCUAGCGCAGGACGAAGAGAGCUUCGUAGACGCCAUCAACUCUGCAUUUUGGAACAAUGACAACCACACAGAGCUGACUGAGACGGCGGGGUCCAUGUUCAGGACUGCUCUUUCAGUUCUGAUGCCCUCCGAGGGCUCCACGCGGCAGUUGCCCCCGAGCGUGGCAGGUGUAAGCCCUAAGAGCCGUGUCAUGUUCCCAUUGGGCCUGGGCCACGCCUCUGAAUACAUCCGCCACCGUACGGCCCUGGUGGGAGACGCCGCACACCGCGUACACCCAUUGGCUGGUCAAGGUGCCAAUCUUGGUUUUGGGGACGUGGCCUGUCUAACACAAAUCCUCAGUCAAGCAGCUUUCGACGGAAAAGACGUGGGAGAUAUGCAGCACUUGCUGGAGUAUGAAACAGACCGACAACGACACAAUCUGCCUAUGAUGACUGCAAUUGAUCUAUUAAAAAGGCUAUAUUCAGUCAACAAUGUCCCCGUUGUGCUGUUGCGAAUGUUUGGUCUACAGGCUACUAACUCCUUACCUCUCUUGAAAGAGCAGAUUAUGGCCUAUGCCAGCAGAUAACUUUCUAUCCCAGUAUACUAUCCCAGGAAUACGACAUGUCUAUUGCACUGCCCAAAGUGUAAGAAUGUAUACUAAUACACAUUUUUAUACUGACAUUGACAUUACGGUUUCAUUUUCAGUAGAAAACUUCUCUUCAUGUCAAGUUUUUUCCAGUCACUUGUGUGAUAUUUGAGUUUGGUGAUUCUUCAUACAAUACCAGAUGUUAUAUGUUUUGGUAUGACAUGUCCUUACACAAAACCUUGCUAUGUGAAUAUGUUG